AUGUCUGACGUUGCACGACUUCUUCCGCUCGCUUCCUGGGGUUUGGAGGUCAUGCCCAAGAAGCUGACCCCACCCAUUACCGCCGACUUCCCCGUCACUGUGCGCAUCACCAUGGCUGCCAUUGACUACAAUUCGCCCGUUGACAACAAGAAGAAUCCCUCGGUUUUGCGACUGGUUCGCUUGCCUAGUGGUGCUAGCGAGUCUAGCGAAGAUGAAGAGGACGAGGAUGAAGAAGAAGACGAGGAAAUGGACGAGGAAGAUGAGACAGCUGUCAUGGCCAACACCGUCGUUUGCACCCUUUCUCCCACCACUCAGUUCCAGCAGGUUCUUGAUCUUGUUAUUACUCCCGCUGAGGAUGUUGCUUUUGAGGUUAUUGGCUCGUAUCCCGUUCACCUCACCGGCAACUUCUUGGAUCAUCCCUACGACAACGACAGCGAUGAUUACGACGAGGACGACGAGUUUGAUGAGGACGAGGACGACCUCGAUGAGGACGAGCUUGAUGACGAGGAGAUCGAUGAUGAGGACCUCCGCCGCCGCAUCAAUGAGCUCAUCGACGAUGAUGCCGAAGAAUCCGAGGAAGAAGAAGAAGAGGAGGAGGAAGAGGAGGAAGAGGAGUCUGAACCCGAGCCCGAGCCCAAGCCUGCAAAGUUGACCAACAAGCAGAAGAAGCAGCAAAAGCGUGCUGCUGAGGAAGAGGCUGCUGCCGCUCAGAAGAAAGCCAAGAAGGCUGACGACAAGAAGGUCGAGUUCUCCAAGUCUCUUGAAAAGGGGCCCGAGGCCACCGAGGCCAAGUUCCCCACCAGAAAGCUUGAGGGCGGUGUAGUUAUUGAGGACCGCACUGUUGGCGAGGGCCCCAAGGCUAAGAAGGGCCAGACCAUUGGUAUGCGUUACAUUGGCAAGCUCAAGAACGGCAAGAUCUUCGACAAGAAUGUCAGCGGCAAGCCCUUCUACUUUACUCUUGGCAAGGGCGAGGUCAUUAAGGGCUGGGACGUCGGUAUUGUUGGCAUGGGUGUCAAGGGCGAGCGCCGUAUCAUCAUCCCUCCUGCUAUGGCCUAUGGCAGACAGUCUUUGCCUGGCAUUCCCGCUAACUCAGAGCUUAUCUUUGAUGUCAAGCUUGUAAACAUUAAAUAA